GGCGACACGACGGAGAUAGAGGAGCAAGAGGAGAUGGCGUAGGCUUGUGCAGCUUUCGGGUGUCAAUUGUGGAGGGGAGUUGACCGCCAUUUACUUCUCACCCGCAACCGGCAGGGGCGGCAGGACUCCCCCCUCCUCCCCCCCAUUGUCGUCAUGCACAGUCAGGCAUGGGCUUGGGGCCUUGCUUUUGCCUGUAUUGCGCUCCAUGUCGUGCGUGGUGAUGAGAGCGACGCCUGUCCCCACGACGACUGGAAAUUGAACACGAUGUACAAGGCAGUGCGAGGUCCGGUGGAAAGCCUCUUUGCUGAUCUCGAUGGCGAUGGCUUGAAUGAUUUGCUUAUCGCAGGUGAGGGCGACAGCCUGAUCUUUUGGCAGCGCAACACUGGUGAUGGUACAUUUUCCUCCAUCAUUAAUACCAUCACCACGGCCGCGCACGGCGUCGUGGCCAUGUUAGCGCAUGAUCUGGACAAGGACGGACUCUUGGAUGUUGUGAGCGCCAAUGCUGGGGAUGACAGCAUUGUUGUCUUUUAUAACCAAGGAAAUGGUAGCUUUGCCAGCCAGCCUGAGAGUGCAGCAACCGGUCUUACCAAUCUACACGCUAUAGCUUGUGCAGACUUGGAUGGCGACGGCUACGCCGACAUCAUCUCUGCUCGUGAUGGCACGGGGGCCGUUGCUUGGCAUCGAAAUGAUGGCACGGGCCACUUCCCGGCGAACUCUGCACGGGCCGUGAGUGAGGCGACCUCUACGGCAAAUGUUCGCAACGUUGCUCUCGCCGACCUUGAUGGAGAUGGGGCGAUGGACAUUGUCGCCGCGCGUUUGGAUACCAAUGUCGUCAUGUGGUAUCGCAACAAUGGGGCUGGCGCGUUUCAGGCAAACACCAUCAGCUCCAAUGCAGUUGGCGUACGCGCGCUGGCAGCGGCAGACAUGGACCAGGACGGCCACGUCGAUGUCGUCAGUCUCAACGCAGGCGAGGACCUGAUUGUUUGGUAUCGAAACGAUGGUACAGCCAAGUUUCCAGACACGCGCCGUUUUAUUGCAAGCAGCGUUCCUAAUCUGUCUGCCAUGGCCAUUGCGGCCAUGAAGGAUGGCGAUGCUCCUGACGUGUUUUAUGGCAGAUCCACCGCACAUGCUCUGACUCGGGUUCACAACACAGGUCGCUUGUCUGAUGGUCCACGUCAGUUCAGCCUCCGUUUACCGCUGCGCGCAUCUGUGGCUUCCGUCGACGCCUUGCUUGUGGGUGACAUGGACGACGAUGACCUUCAUGAUUUCUUGGUGGUUUCCAAGAACGAAAAUAGCGUCAUCUGGGCGCGUGGAAUCGGACCUUCACCCAUCUAUACGCUUGGGUACAGCAAUGAUGUUUCCGGGGUUUUGGGUCUGGCCGCGGGCGAUCUCGAUGGCAACGGUCAGCCAGACUUGAUCACGUGCAGUGCCUCCAACAACCAGCUUGGCUGGUACGAAGGGUUGGGUUCUGGCACGUUUUCUGAUACAUUUCGGCCCUUGCUGUCAUCCGCGUACGGCGUAAACAAGGUUGAAUUGUUGGACCUGGAUAAGGAUGGCGACUUGGAUGUGGUCUUUAGUGCACUUGAUGCCAACAUUCUCGGUUGGCUGCGAAACGCUGGUGGCGGGACGUUUCCAGACGGCCCUUUGGUCCUCGGCUCUAUGCCAGGGCCCUCAACCUUUGGGGUUGCCGAUAUGGACAACGACGGGCACAUUGACAUUGUUGGAGCCAGUGAGACAGCAAGCUUCAUUGCAUGGUAUCGAAACUGGGGUAACGCCACGUUCGACCCAAGACCCAAAUUCGUUGCAAACAACUCAGCCAUCACGUACACUCUUGCCAUGGCAGACUUGAAUGGCGACGGCACGGUCGAUGUGGUUGCGGCACAUUAUGGUGAUGACACAGUUGCAUGGUACCGCAAUGUGGGUGGAGGCCGCUUUUCGCCUCUACAAAAUUUGGUCAUCUCUGGCUACAAUGGUGCUACUGGGGUCGUGGCUGGAGAUGUCAAUGGCGAUGGCUUGCCAGACCUCGUUUCCAUCUCCCUCAACAAUUACGUCGCGAGCUGGUUUGCCAACCUUGGUGAUGGCAUUUUCGCCCCAGAGUCCAUCAUUGAUACCCAAGUGCUUGGUCCACGGAGCCUUUCUUUGACCGAUCUCGACAACGAUGGCGACCUGGAUUUGGUGAUAGUUAGCACAUUGGAUAAUAUCAUUUCCUUUUUCAUUAACCUCGGAGCCAACCAGCCACACAGGCAGUUUGCCUCACGGCUGGUGCUGUCUUCUUCCUUGGCGCAAGCCCGCGCGUUGGUCGUAGCGGAUAUUUCGAACGAUGGUCACCCAGACAUUGUUGCAGCUGGUCAAAGCCAGGUGUUCUCCUUUGUAUUUGUGACUACCCUGCUUAGCUUUGGUCGAGAUGUUUACUCGGAUGGCCGCGCGCAGUCCAUCACCGGGCUUGCACCUGCAGAUAUUGAUGGGGAUGGCAACAUGGAUGUAGCUUGGAUCAGCGAAAUCCAACACAGCGUGGGGUGGAGCCGUAACCUCGGAGUCGGACAGUUUGAUGAGCGCAAGGUAUAUCUUGAUACCCUGCUAGGUGCACAGAAUAUCGAGGCCGGUGACAUGGAUGGUGAUGGGCUUACCGACAUUUUGGUGACAAGUUACUUGUUGGAUGGCGUCUACCUUUACCGCAAUUUGGGAGGAGGACGGUUCACUGGUCGAUUGCGCAUCAGCGAGGCGAUUGAUGGGGCUGUCGCGUUGAAUUUGGCUGACUUGGAUCAAGACGGUGACUUGGACAUUCUGUGUUUCGGCCAUUAUGCUCAGACCAUCCUCUGGUUUCCCAACAUUGGCAAUGGAACUUUUAGCCCGCCGCACCGCCUGGUAUAUAGCCACGGGGUGCGCGCGCUCCGUGCUGUAGACCUUGAUGGAGACGGCGACCUGGACGUGCUCAUUGCCGCCCAAGGUGUCAAUCCAGUCCAGGUCCUACGCAACCAGGGCCAAGGCGUGUUUGAAGCAACCACUGAGGGUAUUACCAGUCAGCUAGUCUAUGCUCAAAAUGCUGAGGCCGUUGAUUUGGAUGGAGAUGGCCUUUUGGACGUCGUCAUCACAGCCCCAGCAGACCAAAUUUUAUUCUGGCACCGCAAUCUUGGAAAUGAUUCCUAUGAUGCGACCCGUACCGAGAUUGCCAAUGGUAAUGGCUUUUACGCUCUCACCGUCGUUGAUUUCGACAAAGAUGGCGACUUGGAUUUAAUCACCACCAGCUUGGUACCCGGAAACGUCAUUUUAUUUGAAAAUAUCGGCGGCGGUGCUUUUGCAGCGCCCAUGCAACUCUACGAUGGUUCUGCUGCUAGCACGGCGGCGGUUGACUUGACUGGAAACGGAUUUGUGGACAUUAUUGUUCCUGAUUACCAUCGCUAUGGCAUUCGUUGGCUGGCCAGUCCCUG